AUGGCACUUUCCGUUUCUUUCUCCUUCGGCUCGUUUACUUCACAGCGCAGGUUGGGAGGUACAUACAGCUCCCGGCACUUCUACACCGGCUACUCCACAACACCGCAUCGUGUCACACACACAUCACAGCACGCCGUCACCCUCAUAGCCAGCUCCUUCCUACUCAAUGUGCCCGCAUUCACGAAGCAACAAAGCACAAAUGUUGCUGGUGCGCUAGCCCCACUCACCUAUACAUUGGCACUGCGCCAGCCGAGAUCGAACAAGCCUACGAGGGAUCUUCCUUCCACCUUCCUGCUUCUAGGUCGCAGGUCGGGCAAGUUUUUGGAACAGGUUAAUUCCAUAAAACUAGGCAGGAAAACCCAUGAAGAAAUCGCUACCCGAAGUUCUUGUGGAGACCAUAGCACAGAAUGGGUGGUGCGUGAGGAUGCGUGGUUCUCGACUAUGCGCACACCCAUCCCCCCACCUCCAGCUCUACCUCAACGCUUUUGCCCUCCCACGGGGCAGCGGACUACAACUCUCGCCGUCGAACCUUCUGCUGCUCUCAAGCCCCAGGCGGGAUGGAUGGGCAGUGAGAACCGGCGUCGAGGACAGACAACGUGCCUGCACUGGCAUCAUCAUGGACGAGCACCCGAGACUGGGUAA